UGCGCGUCCGUGAGUUUGGUCGUCAAGUAGAGAAGCCCGCCGUCACAGACAUCGACAGAGGGACGUCAGAAGUGAACGUGGCUCAUCCAGGAGCAGUUGCCUCGGUGAACUUUGUGCUCACCCGCUCAUUUUUAUAACUCAACUUUGUAUAUGUUUUUUAACCUCAACUUGUUUGAUCAACGAAAAACAACAGACGGAGGCAAAAGUGGCACGUCCAACUCAUCCAAUCACAACAACAACAAAAAACGAAAUUUUGCUGCUCUUUCGAUUGGAAUGAGAGAGACGGUGUAAGUGACAGCUGAUUUUUGAAGGGGAUAGUGGUCUUGUAUGAAACGCGCAAAGUGACGGUGAUUGUAUACAUGUAAAGCCAGAAGAAAGUGGAAGUUCAUUUCGAGCGUUGGACAAUUGUCGAAAAGUCCGCACAGUGGCUUUUAUUUAAAGAUAAAAAAAACUAAACAAAAUAUGAUCCACCGAUGGUGUCCCUAUUUCAGAACAGGCGGCGUCCGGUGAUGAUGAUGAAACUUUGCGACGCCAGCAGUUGCCGUCACGGGUUGAUGUCGGAUUAAAGAGCCGCGUUCAUCACAGACACAUCCGGCAUCCCCAGAAAAUUAUUGCGCUUCAACUGAAGGGAGGGCAACAAUAGCCACCCUCCCAAUUUCUUGACUUGAGCUGAGGAAGGAAAACAAAACAAAAACGACUGGGGUUUGUGUUGUGGCGUGUGUGCGUGCGUGUGAGUGAACAAGUCACGAAACAACAGUUAUUCUUCUUUCUUUCCCUCAAAGAUCUUGUUUGCUGUAUAGAUAACGAUGAUCUGUUCGCACAACAAGCUGCUAUUAAUGGAGCUCUUCUUUUUCUCUCCGUUUGGCGGCUACUGCUGUUCAUGCCAUGGCCGUCUUCAGCUCAAGGACUGGCCAGCAAAUCGAAUGUUCCGCUACGUAAUCUGGUCGUGCUCGCUAACAGUACAGCAGAGUUAACCUGCGACACGGCUCCUCCCGACAGACACGACGAGGUCAUCCUUGUUCUCUGGUUCCGCGAGAAUGUCGGCACGCCCAUUUUCAGUGCGGAUGCUCGAGAAGUUGCGUUAUCACAAGCUGGCGUCUGGUUUGACGAAGACAUCCUAAAGAAGAGAGCCACCUUCCGGGGCCGGGUCAGCGAGCCAUCCAUCCUGGCCAUCAGCAACGUUAGUUUGACCGACCAAUCCGUCUAUCGGUGUCGAGUUGAUUUUCGCGAAGCCAAAUCGCGCAAUUCGCGCAUCAAUCUCACAGUCAUCGAACCGCCGAAAUCAUUGACGAUCAACGCCGAAUUCAGCCAGACUCGCAUCUCUACUGUGGUCGGGCCGUUUCGGAUCGGAGACCGGCCCAAGUUCACGUGCACCGUCGAAGGAGGUUUGCCCAUUCCCGUCAUCACUUGGCGUCGCAAUCGCAUCACGGUGCCCGGCCAGAUGGAAUCUAGUGAGCCGGAACGAAUUCGUAGCACUCUUCUUCUUCCUCCAUUAAAGCGCUCUGAUUGGCCCAUGACGUUGAGCUGCUCAGCGUCCAACUCGGAACGCGGCCGGCCACUGGAGCAGUCGUUUGACGUCGAUAUGGAACUUCCACCGCUGUCGGUAUCCAUCGUGAUUGGUGAGAGGAAUCCAGCGGUGGGGAAACCGUUUUCGUUGCCGUGUCACGUCACCGGCUCCCGUCCUAUCCCGAAAAUUACAUGGUGGAAAAACGAUGUGCUGUUGGAUCCUUCUGCUUACAACCAGACCUUAUCGAUCAAUGGCAGCGUGGCUAUUAGCGUGCUGGACCUAAUGCUGGCCAAGACAGAGACGAACAGCCGAAUCACAUGCCGUGCCAUUAACCCAUACCUGGACACCAUCGUCAUGGAGGACACGUGGAACGUCAAUUUGAGCUAUCCACCAAACGUGAGCCUAGCCAUGGGACGAUCAUUGAAUGCUGAGGGAAUCAAAGCCGGUGAUGACGUCUACUUUGACUGUCACGUUGAUGCACGCCCGACUGCCAACCGCAUCGAAUGGAGACGAGAUGGCAUUAAAUUAGUGCACAACACAUCGGCUAAUGUCAUCAUCACCAAUCAGAGUCUAGUAUUGCAGAAUGUCGGUCGUUCCAUGGCCGGAAACAUUUCGUGUCACGCGUCCAACGUUGAAGGCCAAGCAGAAAGCCAGCGCAUCUUCCUCGAUAUCAAAUAUGCACCCGUAUGUAAACCGGGACUGACGCGCUAUUUCGGCGUGUCUCGGGCCGAGAAUGUUGAAAUCAUUUGUCAGGUAGAAGCCAACCCGAACACGGAACUGAGCUACAAAUGGUUCUUCAACAAUUCAGCGGAAACGAUCGAAGUACCGCGUAGUCGGUACAACAACAGCAGCCCGUCGGGAGCCAGCGUCCUCACCUACAAGCCGUUGGCUUCGCUCGACUACGGCACGCUCCUCUGCUUUGCUACGAACGCGGCCGGUAGUCAAAGCGAGCCAUGCGUCUUCCACAUUCUGACCGCAGGUCCGCCGGAACCGGUUUUCAACUGCACGGUAUCAAACCACUCGAGCGAUGCCUUCCUGAUCGCCUGCCAGCCGGGUUUUCACGGUGGAUUGCCACAGAAUUUCUCGCUCCACUUCUUCGAGGAGAGCAACUCGUCAGGUCGACUCGUCAUCCACCAGAUAUUCACCGAGCCCAUCUUCUUGCUGUCAAGUCUCAAGACGAACAUGCGCUACAAGGCGACCAUCGCUUCCGUCAAUGCCAAGGGCAAAAGUGAUGAUGUGGUCGUCGAAAUAUCUACGCAAAAAGAGCCGGAGAGACAGCUGGAGGUCAAACCAGGCAAGUCGACAGAACCGCGUCCCAGUAGCUCAAUACUGACACCAACGCUGGGGAUUCUGAGCGGCGUCGUCAUAUUGCUUUGCAUUGCUGGCGUCAUAGUGGUGGUAUUCUUGCGACGCCAGUGCCUGCGAGAGGCGCCAGGCGGCCGCCAAUAAUGAUGGCACAGCCAACGGAAUUCUACUCCGUUCUGAAGCGACCAACAAUCAAACGAAUGGGGCAGCAGGCGGUGCAUCGACUAUCUCAAAAUCAGCACGAGGCGGAGGUGUGAAUCCUCGAUCGCAAUCGCUCAAACCGUUGAUGGAUAACGUCGACUGCAACAUCGACGCCGGUGGCCCUAUGUUUGUCUCUAGAAUCGAACCGGAUCACUGGAAGAAUCAAAUGUUCUGCCACACCAGCUUGACGCAACUCGGCUGGCCAGUUGGCGAACCUCCACCAUCUCAUUCGCCAAUUCUUCCUCCCCCUCCGCCUCCGCCAAACAUGUUGAUGACGCAGCAACAGUCAAUCAAAGCUGGGCUCAUCACACCACCGUACACGACAGAUAGUUCGUUAGAUCUACGUAGUCCUGAUAUUAUUCCUCCUCCCGUUAUCGGGUCGUGUGAUUUCGGACCUGCAACUCUCCCGCGGUCGUACAAAGGUUUCGGUAUGGGAUCCUCAUCGACGUUAGCUGCUGCUGCUGCGACGCCAGUUGAAACGAAAAAACCGCACGUUAUGUGGAGCGAUACGAUGCCCAAAGCCUUCCGCCAAUCGCACGAUUUUCUUCGACGAGAAACGUCUAGUCACUCGGCAGGUGCCAACAAGCGUGAAAGUGUCGUGUAAAGUUAUAGAAAAAGAAUAAAAACACUUUAAACGAUAUUGUCUUUUCCCAACAUCCACCACAUCCUCUCUCUGUGUACGUUUCUUGCCUAUUUUGUUGUUGUUGUUAAUCCUUUUUUCCUCCUGUUUCUCAACGAUCUCACCUUUCAGAAUCUUGGUACGUGUUUCACAAUUACCAAGUCUCAAGUUUGACAUUUGUACCUGUCAACUUUCUCAAUACAACUGUCAGCCGAUGUAGCGCGAAAAAAGGAAUGACGUCAGGUAUUGUUUGUGUAUCGUCAAACUCUCAAUGAUUGCGUGCAAGAGGUAUGUACACAAAUACAUUAUCAUAUUCGAAUAUUGAAAGGCGAUUGUUAAACUUUCUGAUUCCAUCGUUUUCUUUUGUAACUCUUGCAUCUUAAAAUACGGGAUAAUAGACAAAGAGGUAAGUAUAAAAUUACACAUGCAUAGCGUAUGUCACCCAAAGUCUUUUGCACCAAGUCAGCAGCCCACCAAAAGUUUUUCUUUUGUCAAAGUUAAGUGUAAAAAGUCCGUAAAAUCGCGUCAAACGUAAAGUCGUGCCCAUCAAAAGUCAAGAGGAAAAGUUUUAAAAGACAGAAGAAAAAGAAGAUUGAUCUCAUUUUUUUUUUAAAUCCCUGUUUCAAAAUGAAUGUGACCACCGUGUUGUUAUGAUGGUAAAACAAUUGAGUAUAUAGUAUAUAUACAUCGAUCUUUUUACUAUGUAAUUCCUUGUUUCCCUGUUUUUGUUUCUUGUGUACUACGGACUGUACGACGACUGUGCGGCUUGUACAUAAACACAUCAUGUUCAAUCCUUGGUAUGUAAAAUUUUCCACGGGCUGCGUGAAAAUCAGUAAUAAAAAAAAACAUUCAAAAAGGA